AAGCCAUGGAAGCAGAAAGCUUGCCCAGGUGAGCCGCACGACAUUGAUGGCUGACAAUCCGAUGGUCCGUGAAUAGUGGCGGAGAAUAGGGACAAGAGGCUUGGCGAUGAGCGGUGGUUUGGGGUUGUCAGGUGGGGAGUGGGGAGUGGCGUCAGUGGCUGGGCAGAUGUCGACCGCACACCUGGGCACAACCGUCAUGGUAUCACGCUGACGACAAUUGUUAGGUGCGGGCAGCGAAAUGGGACAGCCUCACGACCGUCUUGUCAAUUCGCCCUUAGCAGGAAAAUGGGCUCCUUCUCUAGCUCCCCUUCCGAAUUGCACAAAUGGCAAGGACGAGGCUGCUUACGGCUUUGCCGGAUGCAUCGCGAACACAGCCGCAUCGAGAAAGUUAGAUAGUGCGGACACGCUCCAGGCCGUGAUUACACCUGUCCACAACCAUCACCAUCUUUUGCCAUGGCAGAGUCGGCGUCUGAUGCUGCCACUGGGCAUCGCAACCGCCAGAAUGCCCUCUCUGACAUCCAAUUCGCCUCCAUCAUAGACCCCGACCUCACCCCUUCCGAGGAUGAGACGCCCGAUGAAAAGACGCUGCAGCUGGAGGAUGCGCAGUCUGCCAUUGGCGUCAGCAUUGGACAGCAGCAGACGCGGCUAACAUCACCGAAGACACCAGCUGCGGAGAAGGCAGCUGCAUUGGACGAUGUCGAAGGCGGGGGGCUCUUUGAGGGCUGGCAGCAGGCAAGUGAUGGGACUAUUGACCAAAGACCCCAAGAACCAAGUCCAGUGGGAGAUCAGAGCGACGGAAGUGAAUUACGAAGUCCAGUGAAGUUCACGAUACCGUCGCGGAAUGACUCGCCUGUUCGAUUACCCUCGCCGUGGCGAGCCUCCCCAAAGAAGUUCCAACAGGAGGACGACCACAGGGCGGCUUUGCGCGAUACCUUCGCAGCAGGGUACCGGAGGAGAGCUUUGUCGGGAGGAUCAGCCACCGAGGCGCUGAGGAAAUAUAUUCCCUUUAAUCUACCUUCGAUGCCCAAAACGUCGAGCCUUCUCAACUUCUCUCUCCCAAGCUUCUCUGUGUCGUCCUUUGACAGUGCUCGAGGGCGUCCUAGUGGGAAUGCAGCCCUGCGGAAGCGGGCCACAUCCCCCAUUCCCCAGAAUGAUAGAGCCCUAGUAUCUAAGGAUGAGCUGAGUGCACCCGUCCCCCGCCAAGGAAGCCUUUCCGAAAAGCGCCAACCUGCCACUGAUCCCUCCUCAAUCGCAACUCCAGACGUGCCACGCCCCUCACUCCAGCGCCGACAAACUCCAAAGUUACGACGGUCCAACUCAGAAGGCUCCCUCCUUCUCUACCGCAGCCGCUCCUUUGCCUCUUCCCUUGGAGAUGACUCGCGCUUCGAGCACGUACAAGAGCAAGUGAAUAGCAGGUUCAAGGCAAUCAAGGAUAGCUGGCAAGACGCCAACUUCAAGCUCCCCAGCAUGCCCACAUUGCCUAACUUUAAUUUUGGAUCUAGGGAAGACUUGUUCAGACCGCGAAAUGGAAGUACGACGCCGAGAGGCUUUGACAACACUCGGCCUAGUCCCAUGGUCACUUCGUUUUCUGUAAAAAGCAUACCGACAAAGAUACCGAGGGCGAAAGAAUCGAGUACGAACAUCGCGGGGAUGUCUGCUACAACACAUCCAUAUUUUGCGCGCGCGCUCCAAGAACUCACAGGCGACCUCGUUAUUCUCGGUGGAUAUCGAGGCUCAAUCCUGCGGUCCGCUGAGCCUCCGAACCGUCAACUCUGGGUCCCGAUCAAGGUCGGCUUAAACCUCCGCAAAGUCGAUCUUGAACUUGGCCUCAACCCCGAAGAUGAGGAGACAGAAGAGGAUCGCAUCAUUCCCGCUGGAAUGCUCACUAACAUCGGCCCUGUGGAUAUUGCAAAAAGACUGUUUAAGAGGCUGAGGGCAAGCGAGAAUGCAAAGAACGGAAGUCUAAGAGUGCAUAAUUAUGGUUAUGACUGGAGAUUAUCCCCCCAUAUUCUUUCCCGCCGUCUAAUCGAGUAUCUGAAGACUCUCCCAUGCAAUCAACCUGGUGUACCUCCAGAAAAGCGCGGUGCAGUCAUGAUUGCCCACAGCCUGGGCGGCUUGAUAACACGACACGCCGUCAACCAGAACCCCGAGCUCUUUGCUGGAGUCAUUUAUGCAGGCGUUCCGCAAACUUGCGUCAACAUCCUGGGACCCCUACGAAAUGGGGAUGACGUCCUGCUCUCCUCGCGCGUGCUAACUGCACAAGUCAACUUUACAAUACGAACAUCGUACGCACUACUUCCGCUAGAUGGGAAGUGUUUCUUCAACAAAUACACUAAAGAGGAAUACCCGGUUGAUUUCUUCAAUGUCAAAACUUGGAUUGAACACUCUCUAUCGCCGUGCGUCGCCGCGCCGCUUCCAGCCCCGACACAGAUGCCAAAUUCGAGUUUGACAGGGAUCACCUCCGCAACUCCAACCGCAACCUGUACACCCAGCCCCAACACCUCUUCCUUCGUCCUCGGAAACUCCGGAUCUAUUACCCAAGCCGCGCAGACCGCCGCCUUCCAUCUCGCCGAAAGCUCCGCGCAGACAACAGGCAUGACAGUCCAGCUAUCUAGCAACACACACACGCAUAAACCCCCAAACCCCAACUCCAAUCCCCAGGACUCCGGGCCGCCAUUCCCAUCCCUCCCACCCCCCUCCACGACCAUAACAAUCCCGCACGACAAAGCCCUCACCUACCUAACGCGCACCCUAGCCGAAAUCAAAACCUUCAAACUCGCUCUCGCGCACCAUCCCCCCCACACCCAAUCUAACUCAUACCCCCCCAUCGCGCUAAUCUACGGGAAAUCCACGCCCACUGUGUACGGCGCAAAAGUUGAGUCCCGGGACGCGAUUAAGCGUGCAGAUGCGUAUGAUGAGCUUGCGUUCGCAUCUGGAGAUGGGGUUGUGUUGGCAAGGGCAGCGAUGGCGCCCGAGGGUUAUAGUGUUGAGAGAGGGGGCGUUGUGAGUAGUGAUAGGGGGCAUGUGACAUUGUUGGGAGAUUUGGAGGCGGUGGGGAGGUGCUUGAUCACGGUUUUGGAGGCGAGGAGGAGCGGGGUGGGACUGGGAAGGGGAAGAGUUAAGGGCAAGCCUAGUCUUUCAUAUCCAGCCAAAAGUAUCAUAUUUUUGACUUCUUCAAGGAGUCCAUACCCUGGAAUCUUCCGUAACCAAUUUUCUAACUUCUCCAAAUCGGAUCACCAUCCUCCACGUCCCCUUGCCCUCCUCGGGCCCCCUCCACCACCCCUCCAGUACUCACUCGCGGGAGGAGCCUCUCCACGCCUCCACUCCCCAGAAGGAAGUCCACUUCCUCGGCCGCCACCACCACUAUAUCCAAACCCGCCUCGUCCUCCGAAUCCAUUCUCCCUCCCUCCAGCUCCCCUUCCUCCACCAAAACCUCCUCGCGGCAGCGGUCCUCUCCCCAUAUCCCUCGACAGUGUAGCAGGAGCAGGUUGA